UUACAAAUUCCCCACCACAAAACCCUAAUUCAUCUCUUCAUAUAAAGCGCAGCUAAAACAAGUUUUCGACUCUCUCCUCCAAGGGUUUUCGAAGUCGAUCGCAGCUCUCUCUCUGCAUCGUCGUUCACUCUCUAACAGUCUCACCAGUUCGAAAACAUGUCCAAGAGAAAGGCUAGGGAGCCAAAGGAAGAGAAUGUGACACUUGGACCCAGCGUAAGAGAUGGAGAGCAUGUUUUUGGGGUGGCUCACAUUUUUGCAUCCUUCAAUGACACGUUCAUUCAUGUGACUGAUUUGUCUGGACGAGAAACACUUGUUCGCAUUACUGGUGGUAUGAAGGUGAAAGCAGACAGGGAUGAGUCUUCCCCAUAUGCAGCAAUGCUUGCAGCUCAGGAUGUUUCGCAAAGAUGCAAGGAACUUGGUAUCACUGCCCUUCAUAUUAAGCUCCGUGCCACAGGUGGGAACAAGACAAAAACACCAGGUCCAGGUGCUCAGUCUGCUCUCCGGGCCCUUGCUCGUUCAGGAAUGAGAAUUGGUCGCAUUGAGGACGUGACCCCAAUUCCCACCGACAGCACUCGUAGAAAGGGUGGUAGGAGAGGGAGAAGGCUGUAAGCUUGUUCUUAUCCAGGCGAAACCAUGUCGGUGUUGGCAGUUGUCGAAUUCCCCAUUUUUAUUGGUGUUGCUUUGAGGUUAAGCUGAAGUUAAUUAUAAAAUUUUAAAAUGUUGGCUUGUGACAUUUUCUUUCUAAAGUAUUUAGCCUCUAGUCUUAAAACUAUUUACAGUUUAUGUGACAAUUGUGUUGCAAUUUAUUAUUGUGGAAGUUUAUGCUGCUACUAUUUCUUUC